GUUUCUCCCGAAUCGCUCGCACCUUAAGAUGGGCCAAAGCCAGGAUUUCUGGGGAACACUCCAUCAUGUGGCCCCAGCCGGUCACUCGGCAGGGUCCUCCCACGCGCUUCCUCCCACCCUCAGGACAUGGAGACGAAGGGACAGAGGGUCACCCGCGCAGGGCGGAGGCCCCGCCCCCUGCUCGCCGGCCCGCCCGCGCCUCCAGCGGAAGCCGGAAGCAAAGCAGGUCCUGCUAGCCCCGCAGCUCCGAACUCGGUGGUCUUGGAGGCUCGUCAGGCUGGGGGAGAAGAUGGCGGAAGAGGAGUUCCCCAAUGCAACACACGAGGGUUUCAACGUCACCCUGCACAGCACCCUGGGUGUCACAACAAGACUGGUGCUGCCGACCCCCGCCAAGCCCAUCCUCCCAGUGCAGACUGGGGAGCAGGCUCAGCAGGAGGAGCAGUCGAGUGGCAUGACCAUUUUCUUCAGCCUGCUCGUCUUAGCGAUCUGUAUCAUACUGGUGCAUCUUCUCAUCAGGUACAGACUGCAUUUCUUGCCAGAGAGCGUUGCUGUUGUUUCUCUAGGUAUUCUUAUGGGAGCAGUUAUAAAAAUUAUAGAGUUUAAAAAACUGGCAAAUUGGAAGGAAGAAGAAAUGUUUCGUCCCAAUAUGUUUUUCCUCCUGUUACUGCCACCUAUCAUCUUUGAGUCUGGGUAUUCAUUGCACAAGGGUAACUUUUUUCAAAACAUUGGGUCCAUCACUCUGUUUGCUGUUUUUGGGACGGCGAUCUCCGCUUUUGUAGUAGGUGGAGGAAUUUAUUUCCUGGGUCAGGCUGAUGUAAUCUCUAAACUCAACAUGACAGACAGUUUUGCCUUUGGCUCCCUCAUAUCUGCGGUCGACCCGGUGGCUACCAUCGCUAUUUUCAACGCCUUGCACGUGGACCCUGUGCUCAACAUGCUGGUGUUCGGAGAGAGCAUCCUCAACGAUGCCGUCUCCAUUGUCCUGACCAACACAGCUGAAGGUUUAACAAGAAAAAAUAUGUCCGAUGUCAGUGGGUGGCAAACCUUUCUGCAAGCCCUUGGCUACUUCCUCAAAAUGUUCUUCGGCUCUGCGGCGCUGGGCAUCCUGACCGGCUUGAUUUCGGCAUUGGUGCUGAAGCACAUUGACCUGAGGAAGACGCCGUCCUUGGAGUUCGGCAUGAUGAUCAUUUUUGCGUACCUGCCAUACGGUCUCGCAGAAGGGAUCUCCCUCUCAGGCAUCAUGGCCAUCCUCUUCUCGGGCAUCGUGAUGUCGCACUACACACACCACAACCUCUCCCCGGUCACCCAGAUCCUCAUGCAGCAGACCCUGCGGACAGUGGCCUUCCUGUGCGAAACAUGCGUGUUUGCAUUUCUUGGCCUGUCCAUUUUUAGUUUCCCUCACAAGUUUGAAAUUUCCUUUGUCAUCUGGUGCAUAGUGCUUGUGCUGUUUGGCAGAGCUGUAAACAUCUUCCCACUUUCCUAUCUCCUGAAUUUCUUCCGUGAUCACAAAAUCACCCCAAAGAUGAUGUUCAUCAUGUGGUUCAGUGGCCUGCGGGGAGCCAUCCCCUAUGCCUUGAGCCUGCACCUGGACUUGGAGCCCAUGGAGAAGCGGCAGCUCAUCGGCACGACCACCAUCAUCAUUGUGCUCUUCACCAUCCUGCUGCUGGGUGGCAGCACCAUGCCCCUCAUCCGCCUGAUGGACAUCGAGGACGCCAAGGCGCGCCGCAGGAGCAAGAAGGACGUGAACCUCAGCAAGACGGAGAAGAUGGGCAACACCAUCGAGUCGGAGCACUUGUCAGAGCUCACCGAGGAGGAGUAUGAAGCCCACUACAUCAAGCGGCAGGACCUCAAGGGCUUCCUGUGGCUGGAUGCCAAGUACCUGAACCCCUUCUUCACACGGAGGUUGACACAGGAGGACCUCCACCACGGGCGCAUCCAGAUGAAAACACUUACCAACAAGUGGUACGAGGAGGUGCGCCAGGGUCCCUCGGGCUCCGAGGAUGACGAGCAGGAGCUGCUGUGACGGUGCCAAGGCUGCCCGAGGUACCCACGGUGCCCUCAGAGGUGCAUGCACCAGGCACCCUCUGAGGAGAUGAGAUGGCAAGUGACGUCAGGGCCCUGGAGCCUUCUGAACUUGGACCUUUCUAGGCCUUUGGAGCCAACCAGCCUCUUUGGAAAUGUGCAUCCUCUGCCCAGGGAGCCAGGCAGAGUGGCUGCCCAUGGCAUGGAACCAGGGAAGCAGCUGCCGGCCAGAGAGAGGAGCAGCCUGCUGGGGAGCCUGUUGAGAGCUGUGCCCUGGAUGGAUGUCGAGGCAACGCAGGCCUGGCUGAGGUCAGCCGCAGCUGCAAGCCCUUGUCCUGGAGUGAGGGACAGCUGCUAUUGCCUGGAGUCAUCCCGGAGCCUGGGCCUCAGCGGCAGAACCCAGGAAGGCCUCCCUGUCCACCCUGGGGGAGCCACCCUGUACCCCGCAUGCCCAUGUGCAACCGUGGAGUCCUUCAGGGGAAGGCCAGCCUAUUCUGUAAGGUCUGAGUGCCUGAGAGAGAGAGGGAGAGAGAGAGAGAAAGAGAGAGAAACGAGAGGGCAUGGACUGAGCUGGCAGCCAGGGCUGCCCUGAUAUGGUUGGAAUUCAGGCAUUUUAUGAAGCAGGGAGAGCCUGCUCCUCGCUAGUCCCCUUCCUGCAUGGUCCUGCCCAUUCCACUAGGACCCUUCCCCGCUCCAAGUUCCCUGCAGUCUUGUUCCGUUGGUCCCUGAGCUGGGACCCUGGGGGUCAGGCAAGUGUGCUGUUGUGUGUACACAUACACACUUGUAUACACACACAGCCCCCUGCCAGUCAUGUGCUAGUGAAAUGAGGGCCACCUACAUCCUCUUGUGCCGUUCUCUGGGCCUCUGACCUUGCCUGCCUGGGCCACUGGAGCCUUGGGACCUGUAGGACCAGGCCAUGCUAAUUCCUGUCUGUCCCACCUCCAACCCUGGGGCUCUGGGUGUCAGGAAUGGCUCAGCUCAGGACUGGCCCUGAGGGCUUAGGCUCCGCGCCCCACACCCUCCCAGUUAACCAGAAGUAAACUUGGACUUGAGAGGUUU